AUAAUAUGCAGCAAAAUCAAAAAAUAGAAAAGAAUCGUUCCGUAUUUUAUCUGAUCAAAAAGUUUAUUUAUGUUCUCCCGUACAAAAGUUUAAAUUAGUUUUUAUUGGACUCAAUGGAUUUUAAAUCCUUGAUCGAUAUUUAAAUAAUACCGCGAAAUCUAUUUCUUAUGUCUAUAAAUUUUGUUAUAAGAAGAAAAAAAUUGACUAGUGGCCACUCAAAUACUCUUCUACUAAUUAAUUACAACCAAUUACCUGUCUCAAUUCAGAUCUUUCGUCGUCCUCGAUAUGAUUAAUAGGAGGGCCUUAAACAUUGACUUAUUACUUCAAAAGUUUUAUAAUGAUUCAGAAACACUCGACUGCGAUUUGAGUCGAAAUUGAGAGUGGAUAAUUCGUAGAUGGCUAAAAAUGAGGUAGAUCGACAUACAAGAAAAUAAAAAAAUAGUGUUAGCAUAUAUACAAAUGGUAACAAUAUAAACGAAUUGGUGAAUUGUUAAAAGAAAUAUAAAAAAAAUGAGAAGAUUAUCCAGUUAGAAUAAUAAAGAAUAAUAAGUUAGAAUAAUAAAACAAAUAAAGAAUAUAUUGCAUAUAAUAAAUAGAUAAAGAAUAUAUUGUAUUAGAUCAUAGAUGAAUUUUUUCAGUAGUAAUCAGCGAUAAUUCUAAUGUUGAAAUAGAAUGAACAGUUUAUGAGCCAGAAGAUGAAUUUUCUAUUAAAUAUUGGAAAAGCAAUUAAAAAAAAAAGUUGAAUAUGCAAUUAAGGUAAUAGGUAAUUUGGAUGGAAUUGAUUUGAAUAGUUGUGCAAUUAACAGCUUGAGAAUAUAUUUAGAUAACAACUAUGAUUACCCUGAUGCCAAAGAAAUUGAGGAAAAGUUGCGUCAAUUAAGAUAUCAAGUAAGAAAUCUUAAUGACUCCCUUCGAUUAUAUUUAAUAAGAAAUAUACUAGAUCCAAGAUAAUAGAUCGAUAUAAUAAAAAAUGUAUCUACGUAUCAAAUAUUUUUUUACAUUUUUCACAUCAUAAAAUAAAAAUAAAAUAGGGGUUAUUGGAUAAUAAAAUGUAUAUAAGCAUUAAAAAUACUUUUACGCACUCUUUUAUAUGUAAAAUAAAUCAAAUUUAUGAACAGCUGCGUUACAAAAUAAGUUUUCUCUGAAUUUUAUCACAAACCAAUUAAAAGCAUGGACUUCGAUAGGCAAGUGCGUUUUCAUCGUAUAACUUUUCAUUGGAUUGUUCUUUCAAUAUAAACAAGUAUUAAUCAUUGAUUAAUAAGAAAACCAAUUUACUUAAUUUAAUGGUCAAUAAUAGAAUCUUUUCUAAUAAGAAAAAUAAUAUUAAUAUGUUUUAUUAAUUAUUUAUUAUACGCAAUGUAAGGAAUACAAAUAUUUUGUCCAAAUAACAUAUUUGGGGAAAUGUACAUGUAACCGUUAUCGAUAUUGAAAACACUGCCUAUUUUUCAAUUUGAAUGUUUGAAACAGUUUACAGUUGGAAAAUUAUGUCAGACUUCAUUGUAAUAAAUUCAUAACAAAUGCAGUGUAUUCUUUUAAAGAUAUUUUAAAAAUAAUUCUAUCUUUAUUCAUGAAAUCAAGUAUAAUUUUGUAAAUAUUAAUCUUUUUAAAUAUAGUUCAGUGAAUUUAAACGAGAAUAAAAACGGGAACUAAAGGAAGAUCUAAGACUAUUUGAUAUAUUUCAAGAAUAAUUGAAAACAUUAAUCUUAUCUAAAUCACAAUGAAAUCUGCACGUGGAAAAAUGUUAGGGUUAUCCCGUAAACCAAUUAAUCGUAUAAGAGGUACUAACAUGUUAUGUAAAGAUCCUGUACAAGUAUACUGUCGUUUAAAACCCAUGCAAUUCCCUAAUGAUAUAUCAUGUAUGAGAGUUAUAUCUGAUACAACAAUAGUAAUCACACCACCAGAAUCUGCAGUUAACUUUCGUAAUACUAGUAAUAAGGAAAUACAAACCACAUUUACUCGUGUAUUUCCACCAGAUGCUACACAAAAGGAAAUAUUUGAUACAGUAGCUUUACCUUUGGUUGAAAAUCUUAUACAAGGAAGAAAUGGUUUAUUGUUUACAUAUGGAGUAACUGGCAGUGGUAAAACAUAUACUAUGACAGGAGAUUCUUCUCAAGAUGGGAUUAUGCCCCGUUGUUUUGAUGUUAUAUUUAAUAGUAUUAUGAAUUAUCAGACUAAAAAAUUUAUAUUUAAACCUGAUAAACUCAAUGGUUUUGAUUUACAAAGUGAAGCAGAUGCAAUGUUAGAUCGACAAAGUGAAAUGCAUGCUGGUCUUAUGUCUCAGAAAAAUGGAAAAUCUGGGAAACUACGUAAAGUAGAUAGUGACAGUGAUAGUAAUCCUAUUAUAAUUCGUGGAUGCAAUGAAGUCCAAACUCUUACUAUUGAUCAAGAUAAUGCAUAUGCUGUAUUUGUUACAUAUGUUGAAAUAUAUAACAAUUGUGUAUAUGAUUUAUUGGAUGAUGAUGAUGUUAGAGCUAAAACAUUACAAAGUAAAAUUGUUAGAGAAGAUGGUAAUAAAAACAUGUACGUCCAUGCUGUCACAGAAGUAGAAGUAAAAAGUUCUGAGGAAGCAUUUGAAGUAUUUCAUCGUGGUCAGAGAAAAAGACGUGUUGCUCAUACAGCUCUUAAUGCAGAAUCAAGUAGAUCUCAUAGUGCAUUUACUAUUCGUCUUGUACAGGCACCUCUAGAUUGCGAAGGCGAGCAAAUUAUACAAGACAAACGUGUGAUAUGUAUAAGUCAAUUAUCAUUAGUUGACUUAGCUGGAAGCGAGCGUACAAAUCGUACUAAGAAUACAGGGCAACGAUUGAGAGAAGCAGGAAAUAUAAAUAAUUCCUUGAUGACUCUUCGAUCAUGCAUGGAAAUUUUAAGAGAAAAUCAAACACAAGGAACAAGCAAGAUGGUGCCAUAUAGAGAUUCAAAACUUACACAUUUGUUUAAGAAUUACUUUGAUGGUGAAGGACAAGUCAGGAUGAUUGUUUGUAUUAAUCCAAGAGCAGAUGAUUAUGAUGAAACAAUUCAAGUGAUGAAAUUCGCUGAGGUAACUCAAGAAGUACAAGUAGCAAGAUCUACAGUCACAAAACUUGAUCUUGGUUAUACACCUGGAAGAAGACAAGCUAAUAAAAUAUUCAAAGAAGCAAGAAAUAGAUUGGAGAAAGAAGGUCGUGUAGAAGCUAAUGGUUUAGAAAUUGAUAUAGGUUUAGUGUACAGCUUGGGUGGACCAUUUCCUGAAUUAGAAAUGAAUAAUCCACACAAUGAUCAAAUCAUAACAAAUUUGAUGCACUUCUUAGAACAAAGAAUAAAUAAACGAAAUAUAUUACGGGCUGAUUUACAGCAAAAGCAAAUUGAAUUCAGGAAAAUGCUUUCAUUAACAGAACAAGAAAAUAUUAGUUUAAAAGUAGAAAAUGCUGCAUUGAAAGCUUCGAAUGCACAACAAAAAAAAAAGAUUUUAGCUUUGGAAGGUCAUCUUGGAAAAACAGAAGCGCAAAUCGAUAGUUUGAUGUGCAAAUUAAACAAUGCAAACGAAACAAUAAAAAAUAUGCAACAGGAGUUAAAAGACAGAGACAUGGCAUUAAAUCAACGUCUGAUAGAUAAACAAAGGGUCAAACAAAAAUACAAUACCAAAAUACAGGUAGAAACUGAUAAAAUGAAUAAAGAACUAGAAGUAAAACUUCGUCAACAACGUGAACAACUUCAGAAUCAAAUGAAAGCACAAGAUGAUAAAUUGAGACUGAUGAAACAAAUUUUAGUAGAUGAAAAUGACAUUAAUUCAGGAAAAAUUGUAUCCAAGGAUGUACCACCUGUUACACCUGUUCGUGUAGGAGAUGUUACAAAAAGAUUAGUACCUUGUACAGAUGGAAGAUCACGGAAAGACAAAGCAAUAAUAUCAAAUCCAAGAUAUAGACGUUCUCAAAGUGCAGAUAGAUGGAUCGAUCACAGACCUGGAGCACUUGUUCCUCUUGGAACAGUCCUCCAACCAUUAAUGCAUAGGAGACGAAGUGUUAAUCGACUUACAGAUCCAAAAGAAAUUACAGAUGGUGCGUCUAGAUAUUGCCUUGUAGCACAAGAACAUGAUACGGAUGGAGAACUUGAGACGAAACUUUAUAAGGGAGAUAUUUUACCAACUUCUGGCGGAGGAGCUCAAGUAGUAUUUCAUGACAUGGAAUGUUUAAAACAGUUAUCACCAAAAGCAAGAAAACGUAGUGGACCAGCAGAAGUAGAUGCUCAAAUAAGUUUAACGAAUCACAGUUUAGAAGCACAUAAUAAAAGGCCACGAGUAAUAAAUUAAAUAUGAUUUUUAAAAAGAAAAAUCUCUUCAAAUUUCAUAAUAUUUUGAUACAAUUUGCUCUAUAAUAAGAGUAUUAUUUCAAGAGUUAAUAUUUAAUUUAUAUAAUAUUCAAUUAAAUGUUUUCAUCAUAUCUUUUUUAAAAUAACGAUACUGUCAAUUCUUAACAUUAUAAGAAAUUUUUUAAUAUUGUAGAUUCUUGUAGAGACAUCACAUUAAUACUACAUGAACUUAUUUAUUAUAUUUGGAAAUAAGAGCAUUUCAAUUUUAAUGAAUAUGCUCCAUUUUUAUACAAUCAAGAUCUUAAAUAAUAAUAAUGUUUUUAUAUGAAAUCAGUUUUAGAUUGUAUUCUAAUAAAACGUUAUUUACUUUUUUAAGGAA